UGUGCUACAGGUGACUUCUCCCCCAAGUUCUCUCUGAAUCCUCUUCCCCUUCUUCACGCUUGCAUCCCUCUCUCUCUCUUCCCUGGAAGUCUAAAAGUGUCGAGCCAGAGAUCCCAAACCACAAGCCCAACCCCAAAAAAAACUGUACGAAUACGUAGCAUACCCUAUACAGGCACAGAUAGAUGGCUAGAUACGACAGAGCCAUUACUGUUUUCUCCCCCGACGGACAUCUUUUUCAGGUGGAGUACGCCCUCGAGGCCGUCCGGAAAGGAAACGCCGCCGUUGGUGUCCGUGGAACCGACACUAUCGUCCUUGGUGUCGAGAAGAAGUCUACUCCUAAGCUUCAAGACUCCAGAUCGGUUAGAAAGAUUGUGAAUUUAGAUGAUCAUAUUGCAUUGGCCUGUGCUGGACUGAAAGCAGAUGCUCGUGUUUUGAUAAACCGGGCACGUAUUGAAUGUCAAAGUCAUAGACUUACAGUUGAGGAUCCGGUCACCGUUGAGUAUAUUACGCGCUACAUCGCUGGACUUCAGCAGAAGUAUACACAAAGUGGUGGUGUAAGACCAUUUGGCCUUUCCACUUUGAUAAUUGGCUUUGACCCAUACACAGGUGUCCCUGCGUUAUAUCAGACAGAUCCUUCAGGAACAUUUUCAGCGUGGAAAGCCAAUGCAACUGGGAGAAACUCAAACUCUAUCAGGGAGUUUCUGGAGAAGAAUUACAAGGAAACAGCUGGCCAAGAAACUGUAAAACUAGCUAUUCGUGCAUUGCUUGAAGUCGUUGAGAGUGGUGGGAAGAAUAUAGAAGUAGCUGUGAUGACGAAAAAAGAUGGGCUGAGGCAACUUGAAGAAGCUGAAAUUGAUGCUAUUGUUGCUGAAAUUGAAGAGGAGAAAGCAGCUGCAGAGGCUGCCAAGAAGGCUCCUCAAAAAGAAACCUAGAUUGACUGCAAUAUUUGCUUAGAAAAUGCCUGUGUUUUGUACUCUGUUAUGUGUUAUUUGCUCAGACCAUAAUCCCUUGUUUGUCAAGUACUGGCUUCUCAGGCAGGAUCCAAGCAACCGCUACAACGUUUUCAUGUGACAAAAUUUAGUCUAUUUAUUUCUUAUCAAACAUUUUAUUGUUUUGCAUCGAAGUGUGUUGCUUGAGGUAAUUUACAUGAUACUCGAAGUUUGGUUUGA